AUGGAGCCUCCUUACACUCAAACAACCGGCGUCCCUCUCCAGACACGUCCGGUGCUUAGCCUGUUCAAUCCGUCAGCCCUACAGAGCCUUAAUUCUAUCUUUCCACCUAAGAAUAAUCGCUUGACCAUUCAUAUCCAAGAUCACUAUGCAUCAAAACGUUAUCGCCCGGGCUCCAUAGUCAGGGGCACCGUCAACAUCAAGCCUAAGAAGCAGACUCCUUGCACCAAGAUCUCCAUAAAGUUUGUCUGCGACUCCAGUGUUGAGCGCCCCAACGCCAGUCUGGCAUUUGAGACAUGGCAUCGAUUACUUGAUCUGGAAAUGCCAAUUGAGCAUGCGACAUUACCUGCGAAUAAAAUUCUCCAGUCAAAUGAGACUUACAGCGUUCCAUUUUACUUUGUCCUUCCCAAUAGUCUCGGUACAGAGGCUUGCUCACAUAACGUCAUAUGGCAAGAAACGCGUCGAAUGCACUCACAUCUUCCACCCAGUAUCACCGGCUGGGAGAGUGAAGCUAUGAUCCCAAGGGGCGUGCGCAUUGAGUACGGUGUUAUCGCUCAGGUUUGGGACUCGGCCAAUCCAGAGUAUGCUAGGAUGGAGGCCAAAGAGACCGUUCAGUUCUUGCCAGGUCAUAUUGAACACCCAAAUCUGAACAUCCCUACAGCAAAUCGAAAUUUCAAGUUCGCAUCAUCUAAGCAGCUCAAAUCCAGUGUUUUUGGACGCUCUUCAGGCGAAAUCACAUUACACGCUGAUCAACCCGCUGCCAUCGUCCUCGACCCCAGUGGAAAGAGUUUUCAUCCUGCGACGGUAGUAGGAUCUCUCAAGUUGAAAUUAUGCGAUCGAAAGACUAGCCUACCGCAAACAUGCAGUGUGUCUGCAAAGGUUGAAUCAGAGACAUGGUCACAGGAUGAGCCUAUGCAACAGCUACCUCACAUUGUCAACGCGAGAGACUGCUAUAAUGGUUCUGAGACUCUACUGAAGAAAGCUGAAGUUGGAUUGAGCUGGGAAGAGGAUUCACCCAAACAAACCGACAAUGUUGUCACCGAGACUGCCGAGACAUUCAGCAGCCAUGUCGAAAUACCCAUCACGAAUUUUGCGAGCGAUAAGAAAAUGUUUUUGCCUACGUUUUACUCUUGCCUAAUUGCCAGGACAUACCAGCUACAUCUAACUAUCAGCAUUGCAUCGACUACUCUAAAGCUCGUACUGCCAGCACAGCUCACAAUGGAGGAGCAGAAAGGAUAUGUGCAACCUGACGCUGAGGAUGUUGGGCUCCCAGAGAGCAGUGCAAGGUAUUCCAGUUCACUGCCGUCAUAUACCGAGUCGGAGAGGAGGCAUUCACAGCCUGAGCAGUAA